AUGCGCCUUCUGGAUACUUCCUCACGUGGAGUUCUCAUCCAGUGGCAGAUCCACGCUCCGUGCAGACCCACGCCGGCUCCCUGACCUCCCACACGACCUGAAAUGGCCUUCAGAAAGUUCCUGCCGCUGUUCGACCGGGUGCUGGUGGAGCGCCUGAUGGCCGAGACGGUAACGAAGGGCGGCAUCAUGCUGCCGGAGAAGUCUCAGGGCAAAGUUCUGCAGGCCACAGUGGUGGCGGUCGGACCCGGUUCUGUCAACCAGAAAGGCGCCGUGCAGCCGAUGAGUGUGAAGGUCGGAGAGAAGGUUCUUCUGCCGGAGUACGGUGGAACCAAAGUGGUUCUGGACGACAAGGACUACUUCCUGUUCCGUGACGCUGACAUUCUUGGAAAAUACGUCGAAUGAGUUCGUUGUUUGUCGUCGUCGUCGCUGGAGAAGAAAUUAGCUUCAUUCAUGUCUGUUUUUCUUUUUUUUUAUGUUAUUGCAAAUUGUAAAUAAUUCUAAUCUCAUUUUGUUACAAUAAUAAAGGUGAACUCAUAAUUGUUGUCAUGA